GUGGUGGUGGUGGUGGGCAUGAGGAGGAGCACCGGGGGGUGAGCGCGUGGGAACUUUCGGAUGAAGAAGCGACGCGGGGACUUUUAUUAUUCUUCUUCUUCUAUCUUCUCCAGAUUACCGAGCGAGAGCGAUUACGCGCAACGCUUCUUUUACGCUGCGCCAGCCACACGCGAGAGCAUCUUUGUUUUUUUACGAUACCAAAACUAGAAUCGCCAAGAAACCGCAGAAUCCCAGUGAGCACGGACCGAGAGGAUUCCUUCCUCUCUGCCGCUGCUGCUCAAGUCGGAAGUUUAACUCGAGUAAAGUUUUAACUCGGCUGGGAGUUUGUGCCGGCGUUGGCAGGAGGAGGAGGAGGAGGAGAGGAGGAGGAGGGGGAGGGUCAGCCGAGCCCCCAGGCAGGAGAGACACUUUUCCAGCGUUUGACUUUUGGAGACGCGCGCGGCACCGCGGGGAGCCUUGGAAGACGAACUGCGCUCGCGAACCGGGCAACAAACUUUGCGCCACAAGACAGCAAACCGCUUCGGACUACUGCAGAGCCCAUCGGGAGGGGGACGACGUCAAGCCACGGGGCCCGAGGCGGUCCGCUCCAGGUAGGGAAGCCUUUAGGGGCGUUCUGGGACUUUUGCUCGCUUCGACUCCUCGCCCGGCACCCCCCUCUCCCCUGCGCGGGGGGUUCCAUCUCUGCCUCCAUGGUCCAGCGGGGUGAACCCUAAUCCCGAGCGGAGGCGAGUCGACGACCACCGGCGACCAACACAGCAGCAGCAGGUCCCCGGCCCGUGUGCCCGCCGGCGGCUCACGCGGGAGAGUCGUAGGGAGGAGGAGGAGGGAGGAGAUGGCGCAACAUCGGACAGCCGGGCAACAUCCGUCGCGGCGACUGCUGCCCUGCCUGCUGCUGCUGCUGCUCCUGCUGCAAGCGGCGCGUUGCGUGCGCGCCAGCGCGGAGUACUGCCACGGGUGGCUGGACCCAAGCGGGACCUGGCACGACGGCUUCCCGUGCCCCGAACGAUUCGACACGGCCGAGGCGACCAUCUGCUGCGGCUCGUGCUCGCUGCGCUACUGCUGCACGGCGCCAGAGGCGAGGCUGGACCAGGGGCAGUGCCGGAACGACCGCACGGAGCCGCCGGGGGGACAGGGCAAGGAGGGCGACGCGCCACCCGGAGCCUCUGCGCUGCCCAUCUACGUGCCUUUCCUCAUCGUCGGAGCCAUCUUCGUGGCGUUCAUCCUCGUGGGCUCCCUCAUCGCCGUGUGCUGCUGCCGCUGCCUGCGCCCCAAGCGCCAGGCGGCGCAGAGCCGCCAGGCCGCCCAGUCGCGCCUCCUCGAGACGCUGCCCAUGAUACCCGGGGCAGCUCCGGGCUCCGUGGCCGGGGCAGCCGGCCACGGCGCCGGAGCUGGUUUUGCGAGAGCCCCCUCUCGCCAAUCCAGCAGCGCCACCAGUUCCACGUCCAACGGCGCCCCCAACGCGCCCGGGAUGACCGCCAACGCGCCCGCGGCGUCCUACAAGGCUCAAGGAGGCGGGCAGAUGCCCGGGCAGCAGCAGCAGCAUCAUCAGCUGAACUUCAAGAUGCCGGUCGGGCCAGGCAGAGCGCAAACCGGGGGACACAUCGCCCCUGGUGGUGCCGCGAUGAUGCUCAAGGCUCCCGCUCUGUGCGCCUCCUCUGCGCAAGUGGCCGGGCGAGCUGGCCCCGUGGACACGGUGAACACUUACUACAGCUACCCCUACGGGUACCCGUUCCACGCGGCGCACCAUCACCACCACCAGCAGCAGCAACAGCAGCAGCAGCAGCAAUUUCAUCAUCACCAGCAGCAGCAGCAAGCGGCAGCGGCCGCGGGAUUGUUCAUGCGGCCCCAGCAGUACGUGAUCUACUCGGUGCAGGGCGAGUACGGCCAGGCGCACGCGCAGGCGCACGCGCAGGCUCAGGCGCAAGCUCAGGCGCAAGCUCAGGCGCAGGCGUACGCCAUGCACGGACACGCGCCGCACGGACACGCGCACUCCGCGAGCGAGGCCGGGAUCCGGCCCGCUCUGGGAGCUCCAGCGCCGAGCGACGCAGCGCGGGUAGCGGCCCAGCAGCAGCAGCAGCUCGCGGCCACCGCGGCGGCGGCGGCGGCGACCCAGGCUCCGGCGCCGGGGACCGUUCCCGCGGCCGGAGAAGCCGCGCAGGGCCCCGGGGGGACGGCCAACGGCCCCGCGCCAGAGGCCAAUGGCCUGGGUCAAGCGGCGGCGGCGGCGGCGGCGGCGGGCUCGGCGCCCCCGCGGCACAGCGGAGCGCCGAGCCAGGAAGAGGGCGGCGUGGCCCCGGCUCACAUGUGCGUCUGAAGCGCGCGCGAGCGCACGUCCCCGCGGAUGGCGGUGGGAGUUGUGGGGGGAAGACGGAGAUUGACGACGCGGGUCUUCGACAGUCGCCGAGGUGAAGAGAAUGAACGCCCAACCGGACGAUGGACACGCCUCCCCAAGUGUGCUUCUGGCCCGCGAAGUGAACGUUGCCAGACUCCACGCCCGAAACGUGUGAUUUGCGCAAGUCGCUCUGUCGUUUCAUCGUCAUCAUCAUCAGCAGUAGCAGCCAUGGGCAAUCCACUGCUGGAUUAUGGCCUCCCUACGUGGUCACCUCCUGUCACGAUCCUGAGAUGUAAUUAUAAUGAUAGUAAUCCAGCUAUAGUACCUGGCCGCACACGCGGUGAUUCCUCCGUCCCAUCAUCUCCCGGUGAGAUGCAGCUCUUAAUUUCAUGUCCAGUGUUUUUUUUGCGCAUUCGCAUCACGGGUUCAGAAGCGUGCCACGUGCACAGCAUCGGAACGAGGUGAUGUGGUCCAUUGAUGACGAGUCACGGGUGUGUGCGUGUUUCUUUUGUUCAUGCGUGCCUCAUCAGGUUCAAGUUAAUUCUCACCAUAUCUAAAGGUGUGCGCCCACGCUCGGGCAAUGGCUUGGAUUCUGUCCGGAUUUGUACCUGUAGGAUUGUGUCGUUAAAUCCGGGUCCACGUAUCCAUCCGUGCCUCAUCGGUUCCACGAGGAAUCGAAGCGGAAGUUUAAAGUGGCACACCAAUUUAAUGAAUUCGGCAGUUUAGUGUUCUCCAAAAAUGUUAGAUUUCAGCAGCAACAUUGUUACUGCUUCCUUCUCGAGUACUCCGUUUUCACCGUCACUCCAUAUGCAUGUUAUAAAUUAUAAGUCGGCGUACGUUUGCUGAACUUUAUUACGAACGUAGCAAAUAUCUGCACGCCGGCUUUUUUUCUUAAACCACAAAAAGCGAGCGAGCGAGCGAGCGCGAGAGAAGAUGUCUCUAUUAAACCAAGCGAGUUGGGUCUGUCGGGCGACCACCAAUCCGCGAUAAUUAGGCCGCAUUAAUACUCGCCGCGAGUAUUGGUGCGGCUGGAGGCUGAUAUAUUGCCAUUUAUUUUGUACUAAGUACAUAUAUUACUGUACAGUCGUUUCGAGCAAUUGUCUAUUCUCGCCAACAUUAAAAAUCAGCUUACGCAGCACCAACAACAACCAUUCCUUACAAUUAAGAUUAUACAAUUAUACAGACGCGGAGGGGAGGGGAGGGGAGAUUAUAAUGACAAGAUCUUGCGCUCUUGUGUGGUUUUUUAAAUAAUAAUUUUAAAAAAGCGGUCUCGUUUUGUCAUUAGGCAAUGCCUAAUGUACACCGGGGGCACAAGGUGACAUCAGUUUUAUUUAUAUAUAUUUUAAAACGUUCACUAUGUAAUGCCCCUGCAAUUCUGCAUCGCCUUUACUCGCUGAUACGCACACACAUACACGCAGAGAAUAGUUAAUUGUGUUCACGUGCAGGGCCCCUGCAUACUCAUUAAACCGCUUGGGAUUUACUCUUGAAUAGCAAAUGUAGAAUUUAAUGAUAUUUAAAGGCCUCUUCUGCCCCAUUACAAUGGCCCGUUAUUGUUCACGUGAGUCUCUUAAUGGUUUUAAAUAGCGCUUACGUAAUUGUGGCUGUCUCUAGCCCCUGACACUCGUGACUUGUUUUAGCCAUUACCGAUAAAGAUGUGUUUUUUUUAAGAAACCCACAGAAUUGUUUAUCAUAAAUUAAGUGCUUAUAUGCUGUGCGCUGCGGGGCUUCAUUUAAAUCGGAGGUGUCUGGGGCUGAGCUCAGGAAAAAAAACAUUUACUCCGCACCCGAUAUCACCGUUUGGGAGGUGCUGGAAAAAUAUUCCAAGAGAAAUGAGGCCUUGGCCAUGUGCAUGGAGAAUUGAAAAAAGAGCGAGGGCCAUGUUUUGAAAAUUAAACGCCAGAAAAAAUGAUCCAACAUUACGUUUACUGUGGCCCCAGUGUACUGCCCCUAUUGUCAACCGAGGGCCUCCGCAUGUGGUUACAAGUCGUGGUUGGCUUAAUUGACCAUACUUCACCACGCUGGUCCAGUGCGAGUUGGUGGUCGCACAUCCAAACGCGCUCGGCUCAACUCUGCUUAGCGGUGCCCACGAUCCAACGACAUUGGGAGCGCAAUUCAGGUGAUUUGGAGCGGCUUAUUGCCAUGAAAAUGCGUUGUUUUUUAAAUAAAAAUCCAUGAAAUCGGUCAGUGUUGCUAUAAACUUAUGAACGCCACUAGCACGGUGCAAUGUGCAACAACCUCGAGAUACGGCAAUCCAGAGCAGUACUUUGUAAAAUUAACUGUACAUUGAUAACACACAAACCAUGGACAUAUUAAACAUUUGGGUGUGCAUAAAGACGUGUAGCCUUCACAGUCUGUGGGGGCAAGUGCUGUUAGCGAGCGAAUAGAUCAAUCUUUCUAUUCGCUCCCGGCCGCCUUACACACACACCUUACACACACACACGCCUUAUUCACACGCACACACGCCGGUUAAUGCUGUGUUAAUGGCUGUGACGAGUCACGUGUGUUUCACAGCCGAUGCUACGUUUAUGUCUGCACUACAAUAUUGUAAAAAGCUUUCGUAAUUAUUCAUACGGUGCCAAUGUUUCUGAACUGAAAUCGUCAUUACUUGUUACUGUACAACAACCAUGUUUUUACAAAAUAAA